GUCGGACUGUUUUGAUGCAGUAAGCGGAAAUGUUGACAUGAAAAUGUAACGGGAGGUCUGGAUUAUCGAAUGUAUUUCCAUCGAUAGAACAUAUUCCUGUAUAAUAAUUAAAACGCUAUAGUCGUUGGCCGGUAAUAGCGAACCAGCGCAGGCAUGUUGCAAAUAACGCAACAGUUUUUUUCCCUUCGACCUUCUCAGAGAAUAUCAAGAAUGCAUCGAGUUAACACUGUGUUUACAUGAACUAGCGGUGUCGAGCUGAACGGGCUUUUUUCUUUUGUUGUUAUAGGUUAUUUCGUGUUCCUCCGAACUAAUGUCUAUCGCUUGAUAGCUGUGCUAUUGCAAAAGCUGGCAUUUCAGGACAAAUCCUUGCUGUCUUCCCUGAAAUGGACACUCCAAAUACACUGUCCAUGUUACUGCUGGUCUCAGAGCAACGACACUGUCCUUGUCCUGCUCCUUGUCAACAUAACAAGUUGAGCUAAACUUUCCCGGAUUAGUUUUCUAUGACACUCAAAACUUAUGCUCGACUAGAUUCGUUGGAAUCGCUCCUCAACGAACUUCCCUGUAUGUUUUAUCUGGGCCUGUUUUUUGUGAACGUUUUGAUCCUCUACUAUGCCUUUCUAAUGGAAUACAUUGUCCUGAAUGUGGGGAUAGUGUUUCUACCGGAAGAUAUGGACCAGGCGCUGGUGGACCUAGGGGUACUAUCUGACCCGGCCUCUGUCCCUUACGACACGGACACAGAACUCGAUGUUUUCGAGAGGUACCUGGAGUGAGCUGGGGCCCAAGGCUCGAGAGGCAGAGAGAAGCACCACUGAACCGGUAUGCUCCGCCGGGGUGAACUGGACUCCUACCGGCCUGUGAUGAUGAUGAUGAUGAUGAUGAUGAUGAUGGGAGAGACUGAUACUGGGAACUCCAGGAGGAGGAUAUUUGUCUUGGCUUGGAACAACAUUGGCUGCAGGAUGAAAAAGUUGUCAAGGCUCAAGACCAGAUAUCUGGAGAGAGUCAGAACCAACAGACAGACAGGACAAUUCACAGCAGAGUUACCUGUCAAAACUGUCUUAACUGGCCAAUCAACAAGCAGACCUGUCUAACUGUGGCCAAUCAACAAGCAGAACUGUCAAACUGUGUCCAAUCAACAAGCAGAACUGUCUAACUGGCCAAUCAACUACCAGAACUGUCGAACUGUGUCCAGUCAACAAGAAGAACUGUCUAACUGGCCAAUCAACAAGCAGACCUGUCUAACUGUGGCCAAUCAACAAGCAGACCUGUCUAACUGUGGCCAAUCAACAAGGAGACCUGUCUAACUGUGGCCAAUCAACAAGCAGACCUGUCUAACUGUGGCCAAUCAACAAGCAGACCUGUAUAACUGUGGUCAAUCAACAAGCAGGACUGUCCAACUGGCCAAUCAACAAGCAGACCUGUCUAACUGGCCUAUCAACAAGCAGGACUGUGACUGGCCAAUCAACAAGCAGGACUGUGACUGGCCAAUCAACAAGCAGGACUGUCUAACUGGCUAAUCAACAAGCAGAACUGUGACUGGCCAAUUAACAAGCAGACCUGUCUAACUGGCCGAUCAACAAGCAGACCUGUCUAACUGGCCAAUCAACAAGCAGAACUGGCCAAUCAACAAGCAGGACUGUCUAACUGGCCAAUCAAUAUAUCCCAUUUAGCAGACGCUUUUGUCCAAAGCGACUUACAAGUCGGCUGGGGCCACUACUUUUACAUAUGGGUGGUCCCAGCGGGAAUCGAACCCACGACGCUUGGCGUUGCAAGCGCCAUGCUCUACCGACUGAGCCACACAGGACCCAAGCAGAAUCAACAAGCAGAACUGUCCAACUGGCCAAUCGCGAUCAGGGGACAACGUUACACUAACUCUGACCCUAGAGAUCUGACCCAGGAUCAGUCAACCUGACAGGACAGCAUUGUAGUGUUUACUAACUCUGACCCUAGAGAACUGACCCAGGAUCAGUCAACCUGACAGGACAGCACUGUAGUGUUUACUAACUCUGACCCUAGAGAUCUGACCUAGGGUCAGUCAACCUGACAGCACUGUAGUGUUUACUAACUCUGACCCUAGAGAACUGACCCAGGAUCAGUCAACCUGACAGGACUGUAGUGUUUACUAACUCUGACCCUAGAGAACUGACCGAGGAUCAGUCAACCUGACAGGACAGCACUGUAGUGUUUACUAACUCUGACCCUAGAGAACUGACCCAGGAUCAGUCAACCUGACAGCACUGUAGUGUUUACUAACUCUGACCCUAGAGAACUGACCGAGGAUCAGUCAACCUGACAGCACUGUAGUGUUUACUAACUCUGACCCUAGAGAACUGACCUUGGAUCAGUCAACCUGACAGGACAGCACUGUAGUGUUUACUAACUCUGACCCUAGAGAACUGACCGAGGAUCAGUCAACCUGACAGGACUGUAGUGUUUACUAACUCUGACCCUAGAGAACUGACCCAGGAUCAGUCAACCUGACAGCACUGUAGUGUUUACUAACUCUGACCCUAGAGAUCUGACCCAGGAUCAGUCAACCUGACAGGACAGCACUGUAGUGUUUACUAACUCUGACCCUAGAGAUCUGACCGAGGAUCAGUCAACCUGACAGGACAGCACUGUAGUGUUUACUAACUCUGACCCUAGAGAACUGACCUAGGAUCAGUCAACCUGACAGCACUGUAGUGUUUACUAACUCUGACCCUAGAGAACUGACCUAGGAUCAGUCAACCUGACAGCACUGUAGUGUUUACUAACUCUGACCCUAGAGAACUGACCGAGGAUCAGUCAACCUGACAGUCGACCCUAGAGAACUGACCGAGGAUCAGUCAACCUGACAGGACAGCACUGUAGUGUUUACUAACUCUGACCCUAGAGAACUGACCGAGGAUCAGUCAACCUGACAGGACUGUAGUGUUUACUAACUCUGACCCUAGAGAACUGACCUAGGAUCAGUCAACCUGACAGGACUGUAGUGUUUACUAACUCUGACCCUAGAGAUCUGACCCAGGAUCAGUCAACCUGACAGGACAGCACUGUAGUGUUUACUAACUCUGACCCUAGAGAACUGACCGAGGAUCAGUCAACCUGACAGGACUGUAGUGUUUACUAACUCUGACCCUAGAGAACUGACCUAGGAUCAGUCAACCUGACAGGACUGUAGUGUUUACUAACUCUGACCCUAGAGAUCUGACCGAGGAUCAGUCAACCUGACAGCACUGUAGUGUUUACUAACUCUGACCCUAGAGAACUGACCCAGGAUCAGUCAACCUGACAGGACAGCACUGUAGUGUUUACUAACUCUGACCCUAGAGAACUGACCCAGGAUCAGUCAACCUGACAGGACAGCACUGUAGUGUUUACUAACUCUGACCCUAGAGAUCUGACCCAGGAUCAGUCAACCUGACAGGACAGCACUGUAGUGUUUACUAACUCUGACCCUAGAGAUCUGACCGAGGAUCAGUCAACCUGACAGGACAGCACUGUAGUGUUUACUAACUCUGACCCUAGAGAACUGACCCAGGAUCAGUCAACCUGACAGGACUGUAGUGUUUACUAACUCUGACCCUAGAGAACUGACCGAGGAUCAGUCAACCUGACAGGACAGCACUGUAGUGUUUACUAACUCUGACCCUAGAGAACUGACCGAGGAUCAGUCAACCUGACAGGACAGCACUGUAGUGUUUACUAACUCUGACCCUAGAGAACUGACCUAGGAUCAGUCAACCUGACAGCACUGUAGUGUUUACUAACUCUGACCCUAGAGAACUGACCGAGGAUCAGUCAACCUGACAGGACUGUAGUGUUUACUAACUCUGACCCUAGAGAACUGACCUAGGAUCAGUCAACCUGACAGGACAGCACUGUAGUGUUUACUAACUCUGACCCUAGAGAUCUGACCUUGGAUCAGUCAACCUGACAGGACAGCACUGUAGUGUUUACUAACUCUGACCCUAGAGAACUGACCCAGGAUCAGUCAACCUGACAGGACUGUAGUGUUUACUAACUCUGACCCUAGAGAACUGACCCAGGAUCAGUCAACCUGACAGCACUGUAGUGUUUACUAACUCUGACCCUAGAGAACUGACCUAGGAUCAGUCAACCUGACAGGACAGCACUGUAGUGUUUACUAACUCUGACCCUAGAGAACUGACCUAGGAUCAGUCAACCUGACAGGACAGCACUGUAGUGUUUACUAACUCUGACCCUAGAGAACUGACCGAGGAUCAGUCAACCUGACAGGACAGCACUGUAGUGUUUACUAACUCUGACCCUAGAGAACUGACCGAGGAUCAGUCAACCUGACAGGACAGCACUGUAGUGUUUACUAACUCUGACCCUAGAGAACUGACCUUGGAUCAGUCAACCUGACAGGACAGCACUGUAGUGUUUACUAACUCUGACCCUAGAGAACUGACCGAGGAUCAGUCAACCUGACAGCACUGUAGUGUUUACUAACUCUGACCCUAGAGAACUGACCUUGGAUCAGUCAACCUGACAGCACUGUAGUGUUUACUAACUCUGACCCUAGAGAACUGACCUAGGAUCAGUCAACCUGACAGGACAGCACUGUAGUGUUUACUAACUCUGACCCUAGAGAACUGACCGAGGAUCAGUCAACCUGACAGGACAGCACUGUAGUGUUUACUAACUCUGACCCUAGAGAACUGACCCAGGAUCAGUCAACCUGACAGGACAGCACUGUAGUGUUUACUAACUCUGACCCUAGAGAUCUGACCGAGGAUCAGUCAACCUGACAGGACAGCACUGUAGUGUUUACUAACUCUGACCCUAGAGAUCUGACCGAGGAUCAGUCAACCUGACAGCACUGUAGUGUUUACUAACUCUGACCCUAGAGAACUGACCGAGGAUCAGUCAACCUGACAGGACAGCACUGUUGUGUUUACUAACUCUGACCCUAGAGAACUGACCCAGGAUCAGUCAACCUGACAGCACUGUAGUGUUUACUAACUCUGACCCUAGAGAACUGACCGAGGAUCAGUCAACCUGACAGCACUGUAGUGUUUACUAACUCUGACCCUAGAGAACUGACCGAGGAUCAGUCAACCUGACAGGACAGCACUGUAGUGUUUACUAACUCUGACCCUAGAGAACUGACCGAGGAUCAGUCAACCUGACAGGACAGCACUGUAGUGUUUACUAACUCUGACCCUAGAGAACUGACCUAGGAUCAGUCAACCUGACAGGACAGCACUGUAGUGUUUACUAACUCUGACCCUAGAGAACUGACCGAGGAUCAGUCAACCUGACAGGACUGUAGUGUUUACUAACUCUGACCCUAGAGAACUGACCCAGGAUCAGUCAACCUGACAGGACAGCACUGUAGUGUUUACUAACUCUGACCCUAGAGAACUGACCCAGGAUCAGUCAACCUGACAGGACUGUAGUGUUUACUAACUCUGACCCUAGAGAUCUGACCGAGGAUCAGUCAACCUGACAGGACAGCACUGUAGUGUUUACUAACUCUGACCCUAGAGAUCUGACCGAGGAUCAGUCAACCUGACAGGACAGCACUGUAGUGUUUACUAACUCUGACCCUAGAGAACUGACCGAGGAUCAGUCAACCUGACAGGACAGCACUGUAGUGUUUACUAACUCUGACCCUAGAGA